UUAGCGUUGGGAUAGGCCAUCACAACCACCCAACAAGCCGUUGUGCUACUAUGGGGAAAUACCGAACCGAACCGAGAAUAAAAACGGGUUUGGUUUAGUUUUUAGUCGAGGUAAAUGCUGGAAAUUCGCCAGAAAGUCGAUGCAAGUGGGAAUGAUCGCAUAUUAGGGAUCAAAUGUAGACGUUGACGUCGAGCCGUGCGUAAUGAGCAGAGUUGGAAAAAGAAGGUGUUGAGCUGCAUUUUUUUCUCUCUGCCAGAGACAACUUGGGUCGGAGUACUGUCUAAACUACGAGGUGAUACGAAGAAUAAUAAUGCCCACGAAGCUCUCCACUUUCUGGUAUGGCAGGCUGGGCCCGGGGCUCUGAGGACAUUUCAGAGGAUCCGUGCCUGACCCACCACUGAGGAUUGAGAGGAAUACGUUGUCUGAGCAGAAUGACUCAGCAAGAGGGGGGACCCCCAAAUAGCCAGUGAAGAGAAGUGAGGAUGGGUGCCAAUGGUUCCAGCUAUCCACACUCAUGCUCCCCACGCAUAGGGGGAAAUGCACAGGCACAGCAGACUUUUAUAGGGACCUCAUCCUACUCUCAGCAGGGAUAUGGCUGGGAGUCUAAGCUAUACAGCCUGGAGCAUGGCCAUGAGCGGCCCGCAGACAGGAAGAAGAAGAGCCUUGGACUGGCGACCCUCAAACGGAGGUUCAUCAAGAGAAGGAAAUCCAGCCGCUCAGCUGAUCAUGCACGGCAGAUGCGGGAGCUUUUGUCAGGAUGGGACGUCCGUGACACAAACGCUCUGGUGGAGGAAUAUGAGGGCACAGCAGCGCUCAAGGAGCUAAGCUUUCAGGCCAGCCUGGCACGUGCCGAGGCACCCAACCUGCAGCGGAAUCUGGCUGCCCUCUACCAGCAUAAGUACUGCACUGAUGUGGACCUCAUCUUCCAAGGUACUUGCUUCCCAGCUCACCGGGCCAUCCUGGCUGCCCGCUGCCCCUUUUUCAAGACUCUGCUGUCGUCAUCCCCUGGCUAUGGAGCAGAGGUUCUCAUGGACAUUGAGACAGCUGGCAUUGACGUUCCCAUGUUCUCUGCCCUACUUCACUACUUGUACACUGGGGAGUUUGGGGUGGGUGGGGCGGAGGAUACCCGGCUGCAGAACGUGGAUGUACUGGUGCAACUCAGUGAGGAGUUUGGUACACCCAACUCCCUUGAGGCUGAUAUGAAGGGCCUGUUUGACUACAUGUGUUACUACGACGCUCUGCUCAGCUUCUCCUCGGACUCUGAGAUGAUAGAGAGUUGUAAUGAGCGAGGUGCUGUGGCUGCAGCACCAGUAGUGGGCUCAGUAUGCCCCGGAACCCCAGACGAGGACCUCAGGGCUCAUAAAGCUAUCCUCUCAGCCCGUUCUCCUUUCUUUAGGAACCUUUUGCAGAGGCGCAUCCGCACAGGAGAGGAAAUGACAGAGCGCACAUUGCAGACACCCACCCGUAUAGUGUUGGAUGAGUCCAUCAUCCCACGGAAAUAUGUGCAGGUCAUUCUCCACUGCAUGUACACAGAUGUGGUGGAGCUCGGGCUGGUGCUGAGGGGAAGCCCGUCAGCGGGCAGCCUCGGCGAGGUGCAAGCCCUGGUGUCUGGGGGCCGUGGAGCCAGCACACGCACCGAGGAGGCCAUGGAGCUGUACCAUAUCGCUCUGUUCUUGGAAUUCAGCAUGCUUGCUCAAGGCUGUGAGGACAUUGUUGUGGAAAGCCUUUCUCUUGACUCACUCGUCCCAAUCCUGAAGUGGAGCUCCCAGCCGUAUGGCUCCAAGUGGGUCCACAGGCAAGCAAUGCACUUCCUCUGCGAGGAAUUCAGUCAGGUUGUCACCUCAGAUGUUCUCUACGAGCUUGGCAAGGAGCACCUUCUCUGCGCAAUUCAGUCUGACUACCUUCAGGCGAGCGAACAGGACAUUCUCAAGUAUGUUGUUAAGUGGGGCGAGCAGCAGCUUAUUAAGAGGAUGGCAGACAGGGAACCCAACCUGUUGAGCGGCACAGCCCACAGUGUGAAUAAGAGGGGAGUGAAGAGGCGAGACCUGGAUGUGGAGGAGCUAAAAGAGAUCUUGUCUCCUCUCCUACCCUUCAUCCGAACUGAGCACAUCUUACCUCCCAACAGUGACGUCCUCGCUGACGCGCUUAAAAGAGGUUUGAUAAGCACCCCUCCUUCAGACAUGCUUCCCACAGCUGAGGGGGGAAAAGCCAAUGCCUGGUUACGGCAGAAGAGUGCUGGCAUCUAUGUGCGUCCCCGCCUCUUCUCUCCUUAUGUGGAGGAGGCUAAGUCUGUGCUUGAUGAAAUGAUGGUGGAGCAGACGGACCUGGUGCGUUUGCGAUUAGUGCGCAUGUCUAACGUCCCAGACACGCUCUACAUGGUCAACAACGCUGUGCCUCAGUGCUGUCACAUGAUCAACCACCAGCAAAUGGCAAGCAACUUAAGCACAGCUCCUUCGGUUGUGGCCAAUGAAAUUCCAGUGCCUCAGCUGUCUGUGGUGAAGGAGAUGAUCCGGAGGCUGCAGGAACUGAGGCACACAGAGCAGGUCCAGAGAGCUUAUGCCCUCAACUGUGGUGAAGGAGCCACCGUCAGCUAUGAACUGCAGCUGCGGGUGCUGAGGGAGUUUGGGCUGGCAGACGGAGCCACUGAGCUACUGCAGAACCCGUACAAGUUCUUCCCUGAUGAACGGUUUGGAGAUGAGAGUCCAAUUCUGGCUCUGCGCCAGGUGGGUCGGUGUCGGGUAAACAGCAGCCCAGCCAUGGAUAGCAUGUUCACAGAGCUGGAAGGGGUAGUGGGCUUCCACCCUCCCCUACCUCCUCCACCUCCCCCAUACCACCCCCCUGCCACACCCAGCCAUGCUCAGCUCAAGGGUGCCUGGCGUCCCCGUGUGCCCAUGCCUACCCCUACCCGUUCCUUCUCCUACCCCUGCAACCGCACCCUGAUCCAGCGUCAUGCAGCCGCUAAGCAUGUCACCUCAGACUACUCCUCUGUGCCCAGGCCGCAGCCCCCAGACUGCACCAACCCGCAGGCUAUGGGCCGAGCUUUGCUUUCAGAUCAGCAAGCGAUGAGCAUGGAGCCUGUUAUGAGGGAGUUCAUGCCUGACAUUGCACUGGGUGUCUCGGUCAUGUCCCUGAGGGAGCAGCACAUGGCAGAGAUGGACAGGGAAGGCCCUCACAGCCCGAUGGGCCCCUCAGGCCACCAUCUGCCCCAUGGGCCCUGCCCUUCUGCCCGCCACACCCAUGGCCACGGUCCCGGACAUGGCCACUCCUGCAAGAGACACGCUCCUGAACCCAAGCUGGAGGCUCAAGCAGAGUUCCCUGACCUGUACGACUUCUCCUGCCGACCUGCAACUCCGACCUCCACUCACCCUCUGCCCUCCUUUGCAGGACCAGACCUCUACAGCCACAGCUGCACCCCCUCCAGCUCUUAUCCACCUCCCUACAUUUCUGACUCUCAGUCCCAGGGCCGCCCUCAGGGACGGACUGCCCCUGACCCGCUACGUCUGGAUGUUCUCAGUAUGACCUCUCAGAGGCAUGACGGAGUCCUUGCCAGCCCUUCUGGCGCCCAGCCUAGGAUGGGACACAUCCCAAGGGGGCGAUCAAAUGAGACAGACCUGACUCACGGCUUAGGCCAUUUACGGUCUUCCAGUGGGAACAUGGACAGCUAUGAGGAGAGGCACACAGGACCUCGAGAUGCCCCGGAGGAGAUGGUUCUAGCUGGAGAAUCAUUGGGCCCGGGGUCCCUCCAGCAGCCUCACCGGAACAGUGUCAGCGAGGAGAUCGCCAGAGACCGCAGGUCACCUAGCAAGCCUGACUACCCUUAUAAGAAAUCUGCACUUUAACCCCUCUCGAGGACCAGGGGUUGAGUUAAGAAAAGGGAAAGCAUGAUGAGCGGCUGUCCAUCACAAUGGAUGGCAAAGCACUAAAUGUGUGCCUGCGUGUAUAUGUGUGUGUGUGUGUGUGUGUGUGUGUGUGUGUGUGUGUGUGUGUUUGAGUUUGAAAGGACCAGGGGAAAGGGGUGGUCGAUGGUUGCUAUUUAUAGGAUCUGUCCUUUUUGUCCUACCUCUAUCACACUGUGCUAUCCAUCACACAGUCAGAGUAUGGAAUGAGUAAGAUCUGUAGGUUAAUUGUCAAUGCUUGUAAAUUGAUCUCUGCAAGCCUGCCUAGUCCUGCUGGUUUAGAGGAUGACUCGUGCUCUUCUAGGAUGGGUUGGUCUCUUGAGUUUGAUUGUAAAGAAAGAGGUUAGCUCUAUGCAGUGUGAGUCCUGCAUGAGGUGGUCACAAAACUAGAUUAUGUAGCUCAGUUAUAAACUGAUGGUUUAACAAAGUUCAUAUUCAUAGACCAUGUUUUCUCUCAAUUAUUUUCAGCAUAAAAUGGGGAGAUGGCAGGAUAGGAAUUUCAAUUUACACAAGCUAACAAUGGUACACAGUCUGGGACAGGGAGUAUUGUGAUAAAAUCAUAUGUAAAUACGUCUGGCUCUUAUCUUUUCCUCCCAUUACAUGUAUUUCCAUUUCUUCCUGUAGCAUGCAUAUAGCAGCCCACUUAACUAUCGUUCUCCUCCUCGCCCUGGUCCUGCAGUGCUAAUGAGUAAUGGGCCAAUGCUUGGUCACACAAAGCAGGAAUUGGAUCCGACCGGAAGUAGGUCAUCAUUCUCCGGUAACCCAGUCUGAUAAUUGUGUCAGGCUUUACCUAUCGCAGCCUUUGAGUGUCUGGCUUGGAGGCAGAAGCCGGGUGUUUUUAGAGGGGGGGGGGUCAGGUGGAAAAAAAUAUAGGGGUGCCGUGGCAGGUGAUCAAAUGGAGUACUGGGGGUUUGUUGGUUUUUCAGCUGAAACAGGUGUGUGUGUGUGCGUGUGUCUGUGUGCGAGGAUAACUUUAAUACACACAGGUGUUUAGACAAUCUCAGUACUGUACACUCCCAUCUUUAGUCAGGUCUGUUAGAACAUAUCAGAGUCAGAUGAUUUAACAAGAAGCUUUGGCACAGAGUGCGGCGGUCAAUGUGCUAAAGCCUUUAGUUCUGUUUAAUCCAAUAGCAUCAAGUUAGCAAAUCUAAAGCCUUAAUCAGUGCUUGGAAUAUUCAGUUUUAGCUACCUUUGUCCAAUUAAGUAUGAUUUUAUUACAUCGCAACCCCUUUUCAAUUGCUUAUUUGACUGUUCACUACGGAUACAUUAACUACCCCUAACCCAAAUGUUAAAACCAUGCAUCACGCCUCCAUCACGCCACCUCAUGGGAUAUUUUGAACCUGCAUAGUCGGUGUUGAUACUGUUAAAUAUGCUGUUAAAGAGCCGCUGUAGCUCCAGCACCAGCUCCAGCACCAUGCAAGUACACACAUAAAAGCCUGUUACAGCCAACAGCUGGCAUACAACCUCACAUACAAGUAUCAUUGCACUGUAGGACCCACCUGUCUAUUAGCUGAAGGGAAAAAGAACAAAUUAAUUUAGAAAAAAAGGAAUCUGAAGAAAAGUUGGCGAUUGCUGGCUCAUAUCUCCAAUGGAAAUUGUAUAUAAUGAAUUGAACUACACACAAUUUUUAAUGGUUUCUAUCACAUUUUAGUGGUUGUUGACGGUUUGAGUUUUUACUGUAGUGGACAACACUGUGUACUUGUCUUUGUCAUGAAAUCUCACUAAGAAUGUGUGGUAUAAAACAUAAAGAUUGUGUCUCAGAAUCUAUUUUGUUCUUAAAUGUUAUGCAUUCGGGCAGUCUGUUCAAUGUUGUAGGUGGUGUGGAUUACCAUGUUUUGUUUUUUUUCAAUUUUCCUUUACUUUUAAAGUAACAGGAAUAUGUAGAGGAUCUGAAGAUAUUAGCUCUCUGCUUAGCAGUGAUAAAGUUGCCAAGCAGAAUUUUUUUUAUUUUCCCAUCUAGAUUGCUUCAUGGGGAAAAAAUGCAAAACUCCAGAUUCCAACUCCAGAUUCCUCCCCAUGUUCAUGUUGGGUAGUUUUAUUUUCCAGGACAAUGUUCCUUUGAAUAUAAGUCCUUGUUUUGCUCUUUGCUGUAGGAGUCAGUGCCUUCCCCCGCCUGCGGCUGGGCUUUUAUUGGAGAAGUGACUUUGAUGUCUAUGCAAGCUCUUUUCUACCAGCUUACCAGCCUGCAUCAAAUAGUCCUUUGAAAUCUCAUGUAGCUCAUUUUGUGUACAUAGUGUUAUUUAGCACCUUUUGAGAUUGAACCAUCUGAAAUGUGUGAUUGCUUGUGUUGAAAUAUAACAGGUACUUUGUACUUGUAUGGUAUCAUAGAAAACAUGUUUGUAGAUUGAUAUUAAGUUGCAUUUAGUUUCACUGAAUCUAUUUUUCUACUGUCACCUCAAAAGGUGCAUAACAGUGGGCAUCAUCAAAAUAAACUGGUUUGAUAUUAUGGAAAUUA